ACGACGACGACGGCUGCCUUUGGUCUCCCCGGCGGCGAUGACGCGGUGGCGUUGCCUCUGCAGCUGCAGCAACUCCAGCAGCGGCGCGAGGCACUGGAGGCACAUCUCGAGGCCCUCGACCUGCGCGUGUAUGAGUUGGAGAGUGUGUACCUGCGGCAGUAUGUGGAGUUGGGCGGCUGUCUCUUUGACGGCUUUGGCCUCGAGCGGCGGCAGCAGCAGCAGUGGAACACCUCAAAUAAUACCUCCUCGACAAGUCUUACCACCACCGCCACUAUUAAUAGUAGUGUUAAUAUUAAUAAUACUAGUCCUGCUGUUUUUAAUACGAGUAGUAACAGUGCGGGUCUGCAGGCGUACCGGGCGCGGCUGCGGGGAUUUACGCCGAAUGAUCGUGUUUUCACGGCGUCGUCUGUUGGGGCGCUUGGGGCAGUGGAGCGACUCAAGACAGUUGCCGCUGCGGGUGGAAGGCGUAAGCGACUGCGUGGGGAUGCCUGA